CUACUUCCAUUAGCUCCCCUCACUUUUUAAUCAUGGGGGUUUAUGGGCGCUCUAAUGAAAGGCCUCAUCCCAAGGCUCCACUAGGAGGAAAUGCUGACCCUCCCACAAGAGUCCGUCUGCUCUCCAAGCGCCGCGCAGCCCCUCGAUGUUCCCAUGCUGCGCCCUCCAGAGGCCGCUUCCCCCCGCGCAUGCGCGGAGCCGCCCGCAGCACGGCGACGUCCGCUCCUCGCCAGGUGCUUCCGGAUCGCGUCCGCGAGGAGGGGCGGCGGCUCGGCGGCUGCUUUCCGCUCGGCGGUGCUGGGGGUCUGCCGGGGGUUUAUUUUAUUGUACAAGCUCUUUGCUGCCAUAAUGAGGCUUGUCAUUCUUGAAGACUAUGAUCAGGCAAGUGAAUGGGCAGCCAAAUACAUCUGCAAUCGUAUUAUCCAAUUCAAGCCCACUCAAGGAAGGUACUUCACACUUGGCCUACCAACAGGGAGUACACCUUUGGGAUGCUACAAAAAGCUUAUAGAGUAUCACAAGAAUGGAGAUCUCUCUUUCAAAUAUGUGAAGACUUUCAACAUGGAUGAAUAUGUAGGACUUCCCAGAAAUCAUCCAGAGAGUUAUCAUUCAUAUAUGUGGAAUAACUUCUUUAAACAUAUUGACAUAGAUCCAAAUAAUGCUCAUAUCCUUGAUGGGAACGCUCCAGACUUACAGGUGGAAUGUGAUGCAUUUGAAAAGAAAAUUGAAGAAGCAGGAGGGAUUGAUCUGUUUGUUGGAGGCAUUGGUCCAGAUGGCCACAUUGCAUUCAAUGAACCCGGAUCGAGUUUGUCUUCAAGAACAAGAUUAAAGACUUUAGCAAUGGACACCAUUUUGGCAAAUGCUAAAUACUUUGAUGGAGACUUAUCAAAAGUACCAACUAUGGCGCUAACGGUUGGUGUGGGUACAGUGAUGGAUGCUAGAGAAGUGAUGAUUCUUAUAACAGGUGCACAUAAAGCUUUUGCAUUAUACAAAGCUAUUGAAGAAGGUGUCAAUCAUAUGUGGACAGUUUCUGCUUUCCAGCAGCACCCUCGUACUAUCUUUGUGUGUGAUGAAGAUGCUACUUUAGAACUAAGAGUUAAAACUGUGAAGUACUUUAAAGGUUUAAUGCAUGUGCAUAAUAAACUCGUGGACCCCCUGUACAGUAUGAAAGAAAACUGAAAGAAGAAUUGAAGAGGAACUGCAUGUGGGUCAACAGCAACAGUUUUAGGUAGCAGAUGAAUUUACUGCUAUGCAAUAUACUGAAAACUGUUUAAAAUGGGAAAUCCUAGGUACUGUAUUUUUUUAAAAGGUCCAAUAUAUGUACCUUCACAUUCCAUCUCUAUUUGGUGUUGUGCAUUUUGCUUUGAUAUUUAUAACUCUGGCUGUUACAGUAACUAAAUGGAACAGAACAAACCUGUGGGAGAAUGCAUGUUGGGGUGGAGGGGGGUGGGACAGAGCACUUAUUUUAGCACAGCAAUGCAUUGCAUCUGCCUGUUAGAGGAAGUGAUGGAUUAUUUCCAAAAAUCUGUAAUUGUGGCCUCCAUUAGUGCAACUACACUUUGCAUUUGUAUUCCUAGGCAGAAUGGUUUUGGCCUUUGUUAAAUACUAUGGACUUGUAAUAGCUGUGCAAUUUCUACUAUGAAAUGUUCUGUUUACAUAAUGUACACUGAGCUUUUGCACUUGAUUGCCUUAAAUUUAUCUUAUACAAACAAUUUUUGGGCAUCUUGAGUCCUGCUGUACAAUUCAGGCAAAUAAAAAUACAAAAAACAGUGCCUAAAAAUGCACUCUUUUCUUAAAGUGUUAUAACUUACUCUGGUUACUUACAUUAAAUGUUUGCCAUAGCACUUUUUCCUCUCAUGUAUUUCAAAUUACUUUAGGGUUUUUAUAUUUCUAGUAAUUGUGCUUUAUAUAGAAAGAAAAAUCUAAGUGUUCCUUUCUGCUUUCUGUAUAUACCUGUUUAAUUGUAUUGGAUGGUGUCAUUAAAUGCCUAGAAUGAGGUUAACUUAUAGGAACAUGAAGUCCACAAAUUCAAAUGAUAGUGUAUUAAAGUCUGUUAACCACUCUGUAAUAAUUACCUCUUACUGUAUUGCUAUAAAUAUUGAGCUGUCACAAGGAAUGUUAUUUCCCACUUGGAAUAAGUAAAACUUAAAUCUAAA